AUGCAGAUGUUACAGUUUUGGUUGGCAGCUUUAAUCUCUUUAGUGGUGACCGUACAGGGUUUACAUUUGGACAUUGCAGCAUCUACAACCCCGGAACCAGUUUGUAUUCGUGAUUUCGUCAGCGAAGGUCAAUUGGUCGUUGUGGACGUCCACUCAGAUGGUUCUGUUGGUGAUGGACAAAAGUUAAAUCUUGUUGUUCGUGAUUCUGUUGGAAAUGAGUAUCGUAGAAAGAGGGAUUUUGCAGGUGACGUUCGUGUUGCGUUUACUGCCCCAUCUUCUACAGCCUUCGACGUUUGCUUCGAAAAUGAGGCCCAGUAUCGCGGUCGUUCUUUGAGCAGGGCCAUCGAAUUGGACAUUGAGAGCGGUGCCGAAGCUCGUGAUUGGAAUAAGAUCAGCGCUAAUGAGAAGUUAAAGCCUAUAGAAGUUGAGUUGCGCAGAGUGGAGGAAAUCACUGACGAAAUUGUUGACGAAUUACACUACUUGAAAAACAGAGAGGAAAGAUUAAGAGACACUAAUGAGUCUACCAACAGAAGAGUAAGAAACUUUUCCAUCUUGGUUAUCAUUGUCUUAUCCUCGCUAGGUGCUUGGCAGGUCAACUAUUUGAAGAACUACUUCAAAACAAAACAUAUAAUUUAA